UUAUUUUAUUAAAUUUUUAUUUUUGAAAUUUAUAAUUUUAUUUAUUUAAACAUAAUUAGCACAUCCUCACAAAAUUAUGUCUGAAAAUGUGAGAUUCGGCGGAUUAGGCUGGCUUGGAACUCAAAAACCAUCUUCUAACAUUACCCGCAAAUUUCUCUCGAGCGUCUCUUGUCUUGGCCAUUUUUCUUUCCUACCUUCGUCUCGAGAAGCUCCCUUGUCUUUCUUUCUGCUACAAAACAAAGCCUUCCAGAGAGACAGACAAAGAAAAUAAAACAAAAAGGAGUCCAAGAAUGUCCCAAUCAAACCCUAAUUUUCCUCCCGAACAAUUGUCUAAAUCUCUGACUAAUUCGAUGAUGGCUCAGAACCAAGUCAUCGACUCACUCACUUCCCACAUCUCUCUCUACAAUUCCCAUUCUCUCUCCCAAAAUCCCAACCCUAACCCUAACAACAAUCCUAGGUCUUCAAUCCUCAGAUGGUUCUCGUCUCUCACCGUCCAUCAACGUCAAGCUCAACUCACCAUCGUCGAUUUCAACUUCACCCAACUCCUCAUCCAAAUGCUUAGCAAGCUCCGUACACGUGGCCAUGGCUUCUUCAUUAUCCUACCCGACCUUCCCUCACGUGAUCCUCCUUUCCUUCCCGGUCUCUGUUACAAACAAUCACGCGGUCUCCUCUCUAGGGUUUCCGAGGCCAAUGAGUCAGAACAGCGAGUUUUUGAGUCGGUUCGGUUGUUCGGAUCCAGAGAAGGCGAAAAAAUCAACGAUUGUUCGUGUUCGGUGAGUAGUCUCGAUUCGAUUACGGUGACUGAAGGGUUAGUUGAAAAUGUGGAUCGGUUUGUUGAAACCAUGGAUAAAGUAUCAAACGGUGCGUUUUUGAGGGGUGAAGAGAACGAAUUGGGAUCCGAUUGGGUUGAAUUAGAAUGGUUAAAAUCAAAAGGGUAUUAUAGUGUUGAGGGUUUUGUGGUAAAUAGAUUAGAGGUAGCGUUGAGGUUGGCGUGGUUGAAUUGUAAUAAUGGAAAGAGAAGAGGGGUGAAGUUGAAAGAGAAGGUGAAGGCCGCAGGGGUAGCAGCAAAUGUGUAUUGGAGGAAGAAAGGAUGUGUGGAUUGGUGGGUAAAUUUGGGUGAUGCAACAAGGAGCAAAGUAUUGACUACAAUUUUGGGAAAAGCUGCUAAAUCCCUGAUUCUCGAGGUUCUGAAGGCAGCGGGUAGUGCCUCAGAGGAUGAAAUGUGGCUUUUUAAUGCAGGAACAGUGGAACGGCCAAUGAGGUAUAAUUAUAGUGAAAAACUUUUGGGCGCCACCCCAAAACCCCUGGAGGAUGCGGGUUUUGGCAUAAAUAUUACAGCAAAUUCUCGUUCAGGAAAACCUACUUCUGUAACCAAUGUCUUCAGUAGUUUAUUUGUGCUUCAGGAUAUUGUUACUUUGGUGCUAUCAUGCCAUCAUAAUGAGUGUGAUAUGGGAAAUGUAUUUUUUAGUGCAUUAGGCUCUGUAAGUACCAUUACUGAUAGUAUAUUAAGAAAACUGCGAGGAUUUCUCAUGGUAAUUUCACUUGAUUGCACAAAACUUGAACUUCUGGGAGAAGGAAAUUUUAACUCUUCGUCCAAUAAAUCCAAGGAUAAGUUCAGUGCAUGUAGCCGUAAGAAAAAGGGAAAGCCCCGAAACAUAAAAAAGCAAAAUCCCAUGCUGAAGACAGAGGUGGAUGACCUUCCAUCCAAAAAAUCUCUUAAGGAUCUUGAAUACAAAUUGACUCAUAAUAAUAAAGCAGAUUUGAUGGAGUCCAUCAAGAUGUGUCUUGUACCUCAUGAUAAAGAUAUAAACAAAAAAACUCCAUCACCAAUGGAAAUGGAACAUACCCAAUCAUUGGUUGGUGGAAAGGGACGAGCUGCUGCAAGGAAGAGUCGGAAGGAAAAAAAUAAGAACAAACACUCUUGCAUCAAUGAUGCAACUGAAGUAAAAUCUUCCAAGAAGGCAGUCACAGAGUCUUCUUCUACAUCUUUGGCUUUUCAAGAUGAGUCUACAAAUUCCCAAGGGGUAUUUAAUAAUUUAAGUGUACAAGAGGGUGUUCCAACUGUUACAAUGAGUCAUAGCAACAUUCUUGAAUCAACUUCAAGUCCUACUAGACCAGAUAAUCAGCUUUUCAGGGAGGAUAUUGCCGUGCAUGUGCAAGAUCAUGAGGUUGGUUCCACUAAUGAUUACCAUCAUAUGGGUACGAGGUGUCAGCAGAACUCAAAAGAUAUAACCGUGAAUGAAAUUAUUCUUACCAGACAAGAGGAUUCAAAUUGUAGGGUAGAAUGUGAUGUUUUACCUCCUGUUGUCCUAGAACCUGUUUGUGUUUUCACUGGUGAAGGCAUCAACAUACAAAAUUCUCUUACUGCAAGUAAAAUUCUGGAAAAUUCAACUUCUGAUGUAUCAGUGAACACACUUGACGUUAAAGAGGGAGUUUCUGUGAUUCAGGUGCAAGAUAAAAAAUUUUAUAGUACUGCACCCACAAGUUCUCCGCAAUGCCUUUCAUAUGAGUGGCCUAGUGUAGCUCCCUUUUAUUUUCCUUCUAUUAAUUCACAUGUUCCAGCUGCCACAGACAGAUUGCACCUGGAUGUUGGUCACAAUUGGCACAAUCACAUCCGCCAACCUUAUGUGCCCAACUUGCAUCAGGCAAGAAAUCCUCCAAUUGAAAGUGGGUGCAAUCGAAUUUUACCUCGUCCCAUGCCAAUGAGUUUAGAUUGGCCACCUAUGGUACGAAGUGGUUCUGGAUUGGCACCAUCAAUUACAUGCAGUUAUGACUCUGGAUUUAUCUCAAGGCGACAGACUGCUUUUCAGCAGAGCUUUACUUCUCAAAAUUUUCAGUUUAAUACAAAGUGCCUUGAGGAUGAGAGAAAGUAUUCUGGGGAUUUCUUUGACUUGCCAGAUCUUGCAAAUACACCAGAACUUGCUGAUGAAUGUGACAGCCACUGGAUAUCAGAGGAAGAGUUUGAGGUGCAUGCUGUUUCCAGUAUAGAUUAUAAUCAAUAUUUCGGUGGGGGUGUGAUGUAUUGGAAUCCUUCUGAACUAACAGGGACAGGGUUUUCUAGACCUCCAUCCCUUAGCUCUGAUGAUAGCUCAUGGGCCUGGCAUGAAGCAGACAUGAGUAGGGCUGUUGAUGACAUGGUUGCUUUCUCUUCAUCUUAUAGUACCAAUGGUUUGACUUCUCCAACUGCUGCUCCAUUUUGUUCGCCUUUUGAUCCAUUGGGUCCUGGACAUCAGGCAGUUAGUUAUGUUAUGCCAGGAAAUGAAGUGUCUGGUAAAAUGCUGCAUUCUCCAUCAGCAACACCAGAUGCAGCAACUGAGGAGGAAACUUCUGGAUCUUUGACCAAUUUAUCUAGUGACGUUGAAGGGAAAACGGGGGAUUCACUUCCUUACCCCAUUUUGCGUCCUAUAAUCAUUCCAAACUUAUCAAGGGACAGAUCAAGAUCUGACUUUAAGCGUGGUCAUGAUCAUAAGAGCCCAUGUGUUCCUCCUACUAGGCGUGAACAACCUCGGAUAAAACGGCCCCCAUCACCAGUGGUGUUGUGUGUUCCUCGAGCUCCACGUCCACCACCACCAUCUCCUGUGAGUGACUCAAGGAAACAGAGGGGUUUUCCAACGGUUAGAUCUGGUAGCUCUAGCCCAAGACAUUGGGGUAUGAGAGGAAUGUACCAUGAUGGAACUAACUCAGAGGAGGCUUGUGUCCGCAUGGAUGGUACUGAAGUUGUUUGGCCUUCUUGGAGAAGUAAGAAUCUUUCAGCCCAUCCAAUGAUCCAUCCCCUCCCUGGUGCUUUGUUGCAAGACCGUUUGAUUGCAAUGACUCAGCUUGCUCGUGAUCAGGAACAUCCAGAUGUAUCGUUUCCUCUGCAACCACCUGAGUUACAGAGCUGCCCAGCACGAAAGGCAUCUCUCUCUUCAAUGCACAGCCUCCUUAAUGAUGAAAUCGACUCUUUCUGCAAGCAGGUUGCAGCAGAGAAUAUGGCUCGUAAACCAUACAUUAAUUGGGCUGUCAAGCGGGUUGCAAGGUCCCUUCAAGUCCUAUGGCCUAGGUCAAGGACGAAUGUCUUUGGUUCAAAUGCAACUGGCUUAUCUCUUCCAACAAGUGAUGUGGACCUCGUGGUUUGUCUUCCUCCAGUCAGGAAUCUGGAACCUAUCAAAGAAGCUGGGAUUUUGGAAGGACGUAAUGGUAUUAAAGAAACUUGUCUUCAGCAUGCUGCCAGGUGCCUUGCCAACCAGGAAUGGGUAAAGAAUGAUUCUCUGAAGACAGUGGAAAAUACAGCUAUUCCAAUAAUUAUGCUUGUGGUAGAAGUUCCUGAUGACCUCAUAACUUCUGCGGCCUCUAAUGUACAAUCACCCACAAAUGAGCAAAUAGAUAAAACUGCUGAACAUUGCAACCAUGCUCAUUCUGACACUGUUGCCUUAGAAGACUCUGCUUCACCUAAGUGCUCACAAAUAAAUUAUGGCAAUAUGAAGGAUGUCAAGUCAGUUCGUCUAGACAUCAGUUUCAAGUCUCCAUCACAUACAGGACUCCAAACUACAGAACUGGUGAAGGAGCUGACUGAGCAAUUUCCGGCUGCUACACCUCUUGCUUUGGUACUAAAACAGUUCUUAGCAGAUCGUAGCCUGGAUCAGUCUUACUCUGGUGGCUUAAGUUCAUAUUGCCUGGUGUUACUUAUUAUACGUUUUCUACAGCAUGAGCAUCAUCUUGGACGGCCUAUCAACCAAUGUUUCUUGCAGAACUUUGGAAGCCUUCUAAUGGAUUUUCUUUACUUCUUUGGGAAUGUGUUUGAUCCACGACAAAUGCGUAUUUCUGUGCAGGGAAGUGGAGUAUAUAUAAACAGAGAGAGGGGUUAUAGCAUUGAUCCUAUACACAUUGACGAUCCUCUUUUUCCAACAAAUAAUGUUGGGAGAAAUUGCUUCCGGAUACAUCAGUGUAUCAAGGUCAGUCUAAGAAUGGGUUUUGAUUCAUUAGCUUUUGACAGGCAUUUUCAGAAGCAUAUUCUAUUCUGGAAAAUGAGCUUACCUGCCUAUUGAGUAACACCGAUUCAGGUUUUAACCGACCAUGCAGAUUGCUUCAAAAAAUCAUCCCAAGUAUCACUUUAACAUAGUGGCUUAGUUGUUUGAUGAAUCUUCAUCAUCCAGAAGCUGAAGCCUUCACACAAUGGGAGCUUUGGGACUUGACUGUUUAUUGAAAAGUCCCUUGGGAAUAGGCGCUAAGUUUCUGACUCCCUUGCCAACCUGUAUUAUCAUAUUGCAAGUGCUGUGCCAUGAUUGACCUGAUAGUAGCACAGAAAGUUCUGAGUUUUCAACUGAGCUGAUUGUGGUGCUGUUGGCCACAUAUAGUAUCUGAACUGAGUUCAGCAAUGUGCACGAAGCAUUGCAAGUUCAUUGUAUGAGAUGCUGUAAUUGUUAUGUAGGAUAGAGAAUCAAGAUGGCUGGAGUAGUUCACUUGCCGUCCUAAAUGGAACAACCUAUACGGCUGUACCUAGGUAGCAGGUUGGCGACCAGAAAGUAAAAGGGAAAGACACAAAUGGGCCAAAAAAUGGCUGUUUAUAAUGGUAAGUACACACCAGUUAUGUAAAUUUUGCUGUUAUGACCAUCGCAAUACAAUGCUCUAUUAGAACCAAAUUGAUCGCCAGGCAUCUUUCUUUUUUGGCAUAGAAUUGAACCUUUAAUGGCCAAGUACCGGUCUCGGAAGACAUUUCUGUUAGCAAGGAAAUCGUUGAUCCAUACAGCUCUGCUGGUUAAGUUAGAUAUGCACUGGAGGCCCAUUUUCAAGUUUCUCCUUCACGUGGGUUUCAACAUGGGAUUCUACGGACUAAGGCUCCUUUGAGCACAGUGUCUUAGGCCGCAGAUUGCUCUCACAGGGAACUGCUGUUUGAAUUUUUGGUAAUGAUGUUAAGCCCAGGAAUAGAGUGGGGCAUUAACGCAGAUUAUUUAAUACCAACCUUUAAUGGAUCAUGCUCUUUUUGUGAAUUUGCUUUGGUUGUGUACAAACCCCAUUUGGUAUUGGAAAAUUAUGGCUCCAUACUUCUCCUUUAUCAUCCAAUGACUCCAUACAUUUCCUUUCAAAUUCCUCAAUUUAAAUAGUAGGUACUAUUUUUUAUUGGUAACAGUUGCAAGUAGGAAAUAACAUUAUAAUCAAAC